GCGUGCGUCACGCGCGCAGACAUUCCAGGCCCCCCCUACUCGCCCCGCCCCCUCGGGCUCCCCGGGCCGCGCCUCCCCCUGGCCGCCUCCCGCCGGAACCGCACCGCCCCCCGCGCCCUUGUAUGGCCAAAGCUCGCCGGGCGGCCUGCGUCAGUGGCGCCCCCGCCCCUCUCCGUGCGUCACGGAACACUUAAGAGGAGGGUCGGGCUCGCCCAGGGAGUCCCAGUGGCAGAGGCUGCGAAAGUUGGGGGAGUGCACAGAAGAACUUCGGGAGCGCACGCGGGACCAGGGACCAGGCUGUGACUCGGGGCGCCGGUCCGGGCAGGGGCAGCGGGAGCCGGCCGGAGAUGCCCUGUAUCCAAGCCCAAUAUGGGACACCAGCACCGAGUCCAGGACCCCGUGACCACCUGGCAAGCGACCCCCUGACCCCUGAGUUCAUCAAGCCCGCCAUGGACCUGGCCAGCCCUGAGGCGGCCCCUGCUGCCCCCACUGCCCUGCCCAGCUUCAGCACCUUCAUGGACGGCUACACAGGAGAGUUUGACACCUUCCUCUACCAGCUGCCGGGAACAGUCCAGCCAUGCUCCUCAGCCUCCUCCUCGGCCUCCUCCACAUCCUCGUCCUCAGCCACCUCCCCUGCCUCUGCCUCCUUCAAAUUCGAGGACUUCCAGGUGUACGGCUGCUACCCCGGCCCCCUGAGCGGCCCAGUGGAUGAGGCCCUGUCCUCCAGUGGCUCUGACUACUAUGGUAGCCCCUGCUCGGCCCCAUCGCCGUCCACGCCCAGCUUCCAGCCGCCCCAGCUCUCUCCCUGGGAUGGCUCAUUCGGCCACUUCUCGCCCAGCCAGACUUAUGAAGGCCUGCGGGCAUGGACAGAGCAGCUGCCCAAAGCCUCUGGGCCCCCACAGCCUCCAGCCUUCUUUUCCUUCAGUCCUCCCACCGGUCCCAGCCCCAGCCUGGCCCAGAGCCCCCUGAAGUUGUUCCCCUCACAGGCCGCCCACCAGCUGGGGGAGGGAGAGAGCUAUUCCAUGCCGACCGCCUUCCCAGGUUUGGCACCCACUUCUCCACACCUUGAGGGCUCGGGGAUACUGGAUGCACCCGUGACCUCAACCAAGACCCGGAGCGGGGCCCCAGGUGGAAGUGAAGGCCGCUGUGCUGUGUGUGGGGACAACGCGUCAUGCCAGCAUUAUGGCGUCCGCACCUGCGAGGGCUGCAAGGGCUUCUUCAAGCGCACAGUGCAGAAAAACGCCAAGUACAUCUGCCUGGCUAACAAGGACUGCCCUGUGGACAAGAGGCGGCGAAACCGCUGCCAGUUCUGCCGCUUCCAGAAGUGCCUGGCGGUGGGCAUGGUGAAGGAAGUUGUCCGAACAGACAGCCUGAAGGGGCGGCGGGGCCGGCUACCUUCAAAACCCAAGCAGCCUCCGGAUGCCUCCCCUGCCAAUCUCCUCACUUCCCUGGUCCGUGCACACCUGGACUCAGGGCCCAGCACUGCCAAACUGGACUACUCCAAGUUCCAGGAGCUGAUGCUACCCCGCUUUGGGAAGGAAGAUGCUGGGGAUGUACAGCAGUUCUACGACCUGCUCUCCGGUUCUCUGGAGGUCAUCCGCAAGUGGGCGGAGAAGAUCCCUGGCUUUGCCGAGCUGUCACCAGCUGACCAGGACCUGUUGCUGGAGUCAGCCUUCCUGGAGCUCUUCAUCCUCCGCCUGGCAUACAGGUCUAAGCCAGGAGAGGGCAAGCUCAUCUUCUGCUCAGGCCUGGUGCUACACCGGCUGCAGUGUGCUCGUGGCUUCGGCGACUGGAUUGACAGCAUCCUGGCCUUCUCAAGGUCCCUGCACAGCUUGGUUGUCGAUGUCCCUGCCUUCGCCUGCCUCUCUGCUCUUGUCCUCAUCACCGACCGGCAUGGGCUGCAGGAGCCGCGGCGGGUGGAGGAGCUGCAGAACCGCAUCGCCAGCUGCUUGAAGGAACACGUGGCAGCUGUGGCGGGUGAGCCCCAGCCAGCCAGCUGCCUGUCACGUCUGUUGGGCAAACUGCCCGAGCUGCGGACCCUGUGCACCCAGGGCCUGCAGCGUAUAUUCUACCUCAAGUUGGAGGACUUGGUGCCCCCUCCACCCAUCAUCGACAAGAUCUUCAUGGACACGCUGCCCUUCUGACCCCUGCCUGGGAACACAUGUGCACAUGUGCACUCUCAUACGCCACCCCACGUGCCUUUAGUCCACGGACCCCCAGAGCACCCCCAAUCCCGGGCCUGCGCUGCAGAAUGACUCCACCUUCUCACCUGCUCCAGGAGGUUGGCAGGGAGCUCAAGCCCUUGGGGAGGGGGAUGCAUUCAUGGGGGUGACCCCACGAUUUGUCUUAUUCCCCCAGCCUGGCCCUGGCCUUUAUGUUUUUUGUAAGAUAAACCGUUUUUAACACAUAGCGCCGUGCUGUAAAUAAGCCCAGUGCUGCUGUAAAUACAGGAAGAAAGAGCUUGAGGUGGGAGUGGGGUUGGGAGGAAGGGAUGGGCCCCACCCACCUGGGCAGCCUUUCCAGCCUCUUGCUGGCUCUCUCUUCCUACCCUCCUUCCACAUGUACAUAAACUGUCACUCUAGGAAGAAGACAAAUGACAGAUUCUGACAUUUAUAUUUGUGUAUUUUCCUGGAUUUAUAGUAUGUGACUUUUCUGAUUAAUAUAUUUAAUAUAUUGAAUAAAAAAUAGACAUGUAGCUGGAA